AUGUCACAAGCCUUCCAGGAAGAACUCACCUGCUUCAUCUGCCUCAACUGCCUUACAGACCCAGUCACCAUAAGCUGUGGCCACAGCUUCUGUCAAGCCUGCCUCCACCUUUCUUGGGAAGACAUCCAGCUUCCUGUCCAUUGCCCUAUGUGUAGGGAACCAUCCGAGCAGAAGGACUUCAGAAGCAACACUGUUCUGAAGAAGCUGGUGUCCAUUGCCAGACAAGCCAGCCUCAAGAAGUACCUGAGCUCUGAGGAGCAUAAAUGUGUGACCCACAAGGAGACAAAGAGGAUCUUCUGUGUUGAGAACAGGAGCUACCUCUGUCAACUCUGCUCUGACUCCCAUGAGCACAGAGGUCACCAACACGGUCCCAUCGAAGUAGCUGCUGAGGAGCAAAUGGAAAGACUUUUACAGCAAAUGGCAUCUUUGUGGGAGGAGAUCCAAGAAAAUAAAGGGAAUAUAGAGGCAGAGAACAGAAGGACAACUCUGUGGAUAAACUACUUGACACUGUGGGAGCAAAUGGUCAGAGCAGAGUACAGGAGACUGUGUCCUGUCUAG